AUGUCCUCCCGACCGACCGCGCGCUGCACCCGAGCCGUCCAGCAGCUUCGAGCGCCGACAGAAGCGAUAUGGAUCACGGAUGGGCUGCUCACGAGCGCCUUUGAGCGAUACUGCCAUGUAUCGCACCUCGCGCGACGGAACUCGAGCUCCACGCCCGGCCCGCUGGAGAGCCGGAAGCGGCUUGGGAAGCGGAAGAUGACGGCCAUGUACCUCGAUCACCAGUCAACCCUGCCGCCCUGGGCCAUGGAACUCCCCGUCGACCUCAGCAAGUGGAAGUGGCAACCGCCGACUCUUCGUCAGUCGAGCGGGGGAAACGAUCUGCACGUCGAGAAAGACCGGCCGGCACCAGCAGCGUCGACCACACCGUGGACGGUGAUACAGAAGAUGAUGAGGACCCUUGCCGGUGAAGAAAAAGCCCAAGAAGACGACGGGAGGGAAACUCUACCGGCCGACCCCCUUAUGGAAAGGCUCUCUCAGGCUCGAUCGGCCGUUGCUGCCUCUACACCGCAAGCGAUGGACCCGGCAUUCUGGAGCUUCACGCGGCACCUUGAGCAGGACAUCAAGUCGGGCGCACUGGACUCCGAUGCGAUGGUGAUGGCUGUCUCGACAUUCCCACUGUCCCUCGCCAACGCAGAAGCCGACCGGCAGGUCGUCGACAUUGCCAUUAGGGAAUUCCUCUCGGCCGUGGUCAGCGGCAUCAAAUCGUCCAGUCGUUUCAGCGCUGCGGAUCUCAAAGACACUUUCUGGAACAUGGUCCUAAUACAGGCAUCUCAGCUGCUCGGGGGGCGCACAAGUCUGCCGCUGGUUCAAACCAUACUCGAUGCGAUUCCUCUCUCCUACAUCGAUGAUGUCCACGAGGGCGUUGUUGCGGCAGUGCAAAGCCUAGUCGCGACCAGCCUACAGUGGCGCACGCGGCCCGCGGACAUUGGCGUCGCGCUCCGCAGGCUAUGUCCCGAGGACCACAACGCACUACUCGGCAAGUUGGAAACUGCCAUUCACGAAGGUAUGAGAAAGACUCGGAACCAGACGCGUCAAUUAUAUUGGUUGCAGAUCUUGGCGCACAUGCCGCUGGUAAGGCAGGACUACCUGCUGGACGCUUGCGUCAGAUCGGCCUACUUCGACCAGUGCUUGCUUGGGUCCGCCGGCCGACAUCUCAGCGAGCUUCUCUUUGACCAGUGGACGAGCCGUGGGUAUCUGCAAAGUCAUGGAGAGGGGGUUGCUGAAUGGCCACGCGACUGCGCCGGCCGUCCUGACCUCAGCCUGGCCGCGCUGGUCGUCAAAAUCGGCUACAACACCCCCUUCAACUACAUCGCCAAGACCGUAUGGAUCCUGCUAAGCCUACUGAAAUUCUUGCGUCGCUUCGGGCGUCAAGAGGAACUGUUUGAUUCCAUGCGAGCUUACUGUCAAGUCAACACACGCAUCCCCAUCAUUCCGUUCUCGCUGCUGGCCAAGGCGGGCGGCGAUCACCGUUUCGCCCUUACCACACUUUCGAUAUUGGAGAACCAUGCGGAUCGCCUGGAUGGCAAAAAGCGGCAAUGGUGGCAGUGGUUGCCCCAGUCCGAGAGGGACAAGCAGAUCCUCAAACAAUGGGAUUGGAAGGCCUGGCCGCGCUACGUGGAGGGAAUGAUCAAGGAUGAGUCCAUCAACCCCGCCAUCGUCUGGAAAGUGGUACGCAGUGGGGCCGUGGCCGACUUUCGGUGGAAGAAGGACUGGCGCCGGGUCGAUACACGGAAGAACGUAGCACGACAGCUGCCGUACGAGCGGCGUUUGGCAGAGGCAGAGCGAUGGAAGAAGACGAGGAUCGAGCUGAUUCAGAAUAUGGCAGUCUGGUUUUCAGAGGCAAAACAUCUCACUGACAGCACCAUACUACGUAACGUGGGGCGGUGCGUUACGUGGCUCAGGGCACAUGAGGUCGAGCUCGAGCACAGGGUGGUCUUGGCGGUGGUGACUGUAGGCUUGCGGGAGCUCAAGAGGUGCGAGCCUGGGAGGACGCGUCGGAUAUCCUGGGUGUUGGACAUUAUCGAGGAGCACGGAGGGGAGAAGGAGAGGCGGCUCGUUGCUCGAAGACUGCAACGGUGGAGGGAGGCCAACGUUGCCUCGGGCGAGCGUGCGGAGGAAGCGAAAUCAGGGUAG